GGAGGGCGCGGGCACCCCGUUGCCGGAGACGGACGAUGCUCCCUUGACGCCUCUGGCGGUCAGUGACGGAAGGACCGGCCUCUCCGGCUGCAUCCUCUGUGCCGGAGGUGGCUUGCGCCAACUUGUCCGUGGUGCAGGCGCGGGGGGAGCCGUCAGAAGAGUCUUUAACCGGGGAGGAGUACUUCUGGUGCUGGCUGUGCUUGGUGGCUCCUUGCCCGGACGCCGGCUUGCUACGUCCGCGUGGAGGAAGUGGACUCCUUGCUAUUCCACGAUCGUCUGGCCCCGUCCAGCAGCAGCACGGCGUGGCCGGAUGUACAAGCUGUGGGCGUAA